AUGAAGCUCUCUCCUCUUUCCUUAUUCUUCACCUCCAUUUUUGCUCUUCCAUCUCACCUCACGCCGAGGAAUGAUAUACCUCCUUUCUUCCUCCUAGCCGGCGACAGCACCACCGCCGUCCAAUCCAGCGGCGGAGGCGGCUGGGGCGACGGGUUCAUCAACACGACACUCCACAAGGGAGCCAAAGGUAUAAACUACGGUCACAACGGAGCCACCACUGUCAGCUUCCGCUCCGGAGGCGACUGGGCCACCGUCCUCUCCAAGGUCGCAGAAUACAAGUCCGACUACCGAGCCUUUGUGACCAUCCAAUUCGGACACAACGACCAGAAGCCCGCCGCGAAUAUCUCCUUGGCUGAAUACACCAGUAACCUAGAACAAUUUGCAAAGGAUGUCAAGAAUGCAGGAGGCACACCUAUUCUGGUCACGCCAUUGUCCCGUCGCAACUACGACAAUUCCACUGGCACACCACUCGUGAUUGAGAAUUUGGCGGACCAGAGAGCGGCGACUAUUGAUGCUGCAAAGAUUACAGACACAUCUUAUAUUGAUUUGAAUAAGGCAAGUACGGAUUACUUGAAUAGUAUUGGGCCGGCCGAUGCGUAUACGUAUAACUUGGCGUCGGAUGAUUAUACGCAUCUGAAUGGGGAGGGAAGCAUAGUGUUUGGGGGGAUGGUGGCUUCGUUGAUUGAUCAGGAUUUCGCAGAGUUGAAGAGUGAUGGGUAUGUUAAGGUGAAUGCGAAGCUUUUGGCAGCCUUGGAGGAAGGCAAGUACUAUUGGCCCUAA